UAAGUUUGCGAUUUUAACAAAUUAUAUUUUGAACGACGAGUGGGUUGCUUCCCUUAAAGUAGCCUCGUUCCGGAAAGAGCUCGACGAGCCGACAUGUUCUCAAGAGCAGCUACAACGGCCGUGCUACCAUGCACGCAAGUGCGUGGCAUGGCCACACUGAAAGAAAUUCGGCUCCGGUUGAAGUCUGUAAAAAACAUCAAGAAGAUUACCGCCUCCAUGAAGAUGGUGUCUGCUGCGAAGUAUUCCAGAGCUGAACGCGAACUCCGGCCUGCACGGUCCUAUGGCAAGGGAGCCUCAGCCUUCUUUGAGAAGAUUGAGGCCACGCCUCAAGAGAAUAUGCCCAAUCAGCUGCUUGUUGCGAUGACCUCAGACAAGGGGCUAUGUGGGGGUGUGCAUGCUUCCGUGUGUAAGACCAUCCGCUCCAUCAUGUGGGAGAAGGGAGACAAGAACAUUAAACUCUUCCUAAUUGGAGACAAGUCCAACCAGAUGUUGACUAGAUUGUUUGCAAAAGAUGUUCUGACUGUAUGCAAAAACAUCGGAAAGAAGCCACCAAACUUCAACGAUGCUUCCUUCAUUUCUGAAGAGAUCACAAAAACUGGAUACAACUUUGAUGCAGGAACUGUCUACUAUAAUGUAUUUAGGACUGUGGUCUCCUACCGCACUACUCCUCUACCCCUGUUCACCGAGGAACAGAUUAUGGUCGCGCCAAACCUCUACGACUAUGACAGCUUGGACCAGAACAUGCUCCAGUGCUACAACGAGUUUAUGCUGGUAUGUCGUAUCUUCUACGCCCUCAAGGAGUCAGCAUGCAGCGAGCAGAGCGCCAGAAUGACUGCAAUGGACUCUGCCAGCAAGAACGCAGACGAGAUGAUUUCCAAGCUGAACCUCACGUACAACAGAACAAGACAGGCUUACAUCACAAAGGAGUUGAUUGAAAUUAUCUCCGGAGCCGAGGCAUUGUAAACCUGGGUAUCUCUAGGUGUCCUGAAUUCAAUUAACAAUCACUACAUGUGCUAUGUCUAGGUCUGCCCUUGAAAACAUCGGGAAGCUUCGUAAAGGUUUCAUUGGAAUCAUAACUAUUUUUGCAGAAAUAUUUAGUGUUUAGUGAAAAUGAACAUUAUUAGAAAGUGUGCUAUGAUUAAUUAUAAAUGGCAGCAUGCUUUCUGAAGAUUUCUGUGUUGCAUUUGAAUGGUAAGUUUUAUUAAAAUUAUAUGACAAAA